UGCUGAGGAAGGAAUAGUGAAAGUGCAGAGAAAGGACGAAAUUCUGCUUGAUAUGCUAGGAGGAAAGGACUAAGACCAAAUUGGGGGAGAGAGAGAGAGAGGUACAAACGAAGGGCUAAGAGCGAGCUACGAGACAUGUCAGCACCCGCACCGUACAAAAGAGAACUUCGUCCAGCUCAUUAUAUAAUGAAGAUAGAAUCAUUUUCCACAGUAUCAAAAUUGCACAAGUAUGAAUCCAGGGUUUUUGAAGCUGGGGGCUACAAAUGGAGUCUAUCUCUUUACCCUAAUGGAGACAAGCACACUAAAGGGUCCGGAUACAUUUCCUUGUAUUUGUCCAUCGAGGAGACAAGUAAUUUUCCUCCCGAUUGGAAGGUUCACGUUAACUACAAGCUUUUUGUGCAUGACAAGAUACGAGACGACUACUUGACCAUCCAAGAUGCUGAUGGGACAGUGAGGACCUUCAAUGACAAGAAGACCCAAUGGGGGUUUUCUCAGUUUCUUUCCUUAGAAACAUUCCAAAAGGAUUCAAAUGGAUACCUUUUGCAUGGCUUUUGUGCAUUUGGGGCUGAGGUUUUUGUCGUCAAUUCUACUGGGAAAGAGGAGUCUCUUACCAUAAUCAAAGACCCGCCAAACCAGAGAUUCACUUGGAAGAUGAAAAACUUCUCCACAUUGGACAAGGACCCUUGCUCUUGUGCCUUUUCCUUCGGGCAGAGCAAAUGGAAGUUAUCGGUGUAUACCAAACGCAAUGUCCCCACGGAACGGAGGUCGCUGUCCAUGAAAUUACAAGUGCAAGACCUCCCUCCGAAGAGGAAAGUGUACGCAGAAUUCUAUAUGCGUGUCCGGAACCAAGUUAAUGGUAACCAUAAGGAGGAAAAAGGUACGUUUUUUGUUUUUGUCUUUCAAUACCGGCAGCGUCAAUUUGCCACAUACUCUAAAUUAAUUUCUUUGCUCCUCACUGCUGAACAAACUAAUGAAUUGCUGUUCAAAAAUCAUGAUCUUAGACCUACUGGCUCAAAAGCAUUGCCUGAAGCACAUGCUAACUCUGAGAAAAAUACUGGCCAUUUUAAGGACUAUAAGCGCAGGCAAGAACAUAAUCCUCGAAGGGGUGGUGGGAAAUUUAACCGCCCUAGGAAAUCUAACUUUGGCCCGAAUCAUGACAAAGAAAAGAAGCCAAAGAAGGUGACUAAUGAAAGCAAGUGUGGUGAAUCUCACACCAUUGAAAUUAAUCCUACUGCCAUAACCACUGUUGAGGCCAAUAAUAUCUCUAUUGGUGGGACUCCUCUUGCUUCUGAAGUAGCAAAUGCAUCCCUGGAUGUCUUUGAUUUCUUUAAGGACCUCUGA